AUGAUGCCGACUAGGGCUAGAGCUCUGCUCAUGCUGCUCCUCCUCUUUGUUGACUCUAGGGCCUUCGCUAAGAGUUGUGAGAUGCCAUCAUCGACUCCUCUGUCGUCUUCGGGGUCUGCUAGGAUAUCGAGGGGCAAGGACAAUCAAGCCUUGCAUAGGUCGGAUGCAUCAGGCACAGAACGUUUCUCGAAGGAGGUUCGGGAGAGUCUCAACAACUCUCUAGCCCCGGAGGAAGAGGAGGACUCGUGGACAAGUAACAUGCAUAAGAUGCUCAAAGACGCAGCAUUGAUUAUGAGCGGUGAGGUCAAACGAAGGAAGUCAGCUAAGAUACCCGGCCUCAUCUCUAUCACUCGUGGUAGUGACCUCGAGGCCCCGACCGAGAAGAGAAGUGACAUCUCUCGCUUACACAAAAAGUUCUGGUCGGAAGUGAACCGCAUGCGCAAUGUCUCCGAAGCUUAUCCGGACGUGCAAGCAGAGAAGGCGAAGGAGCGCAUUGUCCGCAAGACUGUGGUGAAUGUGUUGAACUUGAUUGCAGCCAAGAAGUACGAGGAAGAGAAGAAGCAGCUUCUCGAGGCAAGCGCCCCCAAGCCCAUGAUAACAGACGGCAGCAAGUCGCUGGGUUUCAAGGGAAACGAGCGAUUCAAGCCGGUCCAGACGGACGCCGGGGGCAAGCCAAAGAAGACCAAGAAAAGAAAGCCUGAAGAUGAAAUGAUCAAGUUGCUGGGCGAAUUCCUCCGUGACAAAGCCAAGGUGCAGGCGUUAACCAAGCAGAAGAAAGAUCCCAACAACCCUUUCCUUGUCAUCCGACGUGUGACCAAUCGAUACGCUCGACAGGUUGAGCGAGAGCAGCUCAAGGAAUUUAUCAAGGCAGAAGAAGAGAAGAAAUCUCAGAAGAACAAGCCGAAGGCUCGUUCUGGCACAGAAGCAGUCCAGGGCGUGAGGCCGCGAGCAGCAGAAAGACCUUCAUCAAUGCGCCUGCGCGGUGGAGGUGAAGAGACAAGCGAUCUGCAGGCGUACUUGCCAUGGUCUUACCCUUCCAUCUCCUCCUGGAUCUUUGCGAUGAUCAAGUUGUUGUCUGUCCAGCUCUUCCGCUCGUUGGGCUUCGCCGGCAAGGGCACCCACUCGGCUUCCGCAGCGCCACAAAAGGGGUUACCGCAGCACGUACAUGACAUGAUGAACUCAGUGAGCAUGGACUCGAGGAAGCUGAAGGAGCUGAAAGGGCGACGAGUGCUGGUCGUGACUAACAAUGCGGUCUUCAAAGAAUCUGACAUUCAGAAAGUUUUCUUUCAAGGCGAGACCCACCUGCAGAUGAUUGAAGGCGUGGGACCCGUCCUGAUGCAUCUCGCUGCUUCUACCGACCUGUUUCUUGUCACUCAAUUCCCUCACUCGGGGCAUGACACCUUGACCCGCUACAUGGAGAACCACACGGUGGUGAACGAGACGUACCCGCAUGGGUCUUGGAAGGACGACGAGUGCGAGGGCGUGGUAGUGGAGGCCCUGAGGGAAGCAGGAAUCUGUGAUGCUGGUCUCAACUCCACCCACAUCCUGUUCUGCGAGACAGUAGAAGGACGAGGAUACCUUGGGCGAGUGCUUGGAGAAUAUUCGGCCGAAAAUAAGCUGGCGUUGAUGGUUGACGACAACCCCGAGAGUGUCGGCUGGUUUCAAAACGUUUGUCGAAACACAACCACGAUUGCCAUCUCCACGUCAGAGAAUCAAGGAAAUUUCGCGACGGUGAGUUUAAUGUGUGUUGGUGCGAUGAUAGAUUAA